UAAAAAUUCCAAAAAUCUGGAAGAGAUUUGGGCAUGCCAACGGAAAUGGCGAGAAAUUUGAUCCACCGAUCCUCCGUUUUUCGCUGGGCAAUAGAGAAUAGAAUUCGCCCCAUCUUUAACCAUGUUCGUUCUGAUUCAGUCGCAACACUGACUCCUGCCUCGACAACUAUAUACCCAUCUGCACCGUCGAAGUACUUCACUAACUCCCCGUUUUCUACCGUCGCCUCCAUCACUCCCCCCCUUCUAUCAGUUCUGCUUUCAUCCUGUAAUGUUCGUCGAUUUGGCUCCGCUUCAGGUGCUUCGAACAUUGUCCUUGUUAAGACAGAGGAAGAGUUUAAUGAUAUCCUUAGCAAAGUACAAGAUCAAUCAUUGCCUGCGAUCUUCUAUUUUACUGCAGUUUGGUGUGGACCAUGCAGGUUCAUUUCUCCCGUUAUUGAGGAGCUCAGUGGAAAAUAUCCUCAUGUGACAACAUAUAAGAUUGACAUUGAUCAGGAAGCAAUUCAAGGCUCGUUGGGCAAAUUAAUGAUUACGUCCGUGCCAACACUCCAUUUCUUUCAGAACGGAAAAAAGGCUGAUGAGCUUAUUGGAGCUGAUGUUGCGCGCUUGAACUAUAUUGUGGAGAAACUCUUCAAGAAGGACUGACCAAGGUUAUUGACGUGAGGAUUAAAUGGCUGAUGGAGUGGUAAAUGAUAAAGCCUACCUAUAUCUUUCUGGUUUUUCACCCAUCCAAUUUGUAAUAGUUGCGGGACCAUUUCCUUAAUUGGUGUUUAUACGUAGUCGCUUUGUUAUGUGUGAAUGGAGAAAAAUAGAGUGAAAGGAAGGUGUUUAAUUUAUAUUUAAACAACAAAAAUGUUUAAAUCAAGCAUUUCCCCAUUAUCUUCUA